UAAUAUUUCCUUGCCACUAGUACGCACAUGCGUAUAUGCGUAAAGGAGAAAAUCUAAGACUGAUGCUAUUUACAAAAUCACGAAAUCAAGCCAUGAAUGUAAAUCAUGACAAAACCAAAGUACUUAGUUCACUCGGUAAAAAAAAUUAGAUGUAGUAAAGACGUAAAUUACUUAUAUUGACUUAAUUCUGUCUUGAGUUAUUUAAAACAAAGAAGUCGUGAAAAUAAAUAGUUACAGCCCAAUGGUGGCGACCAAUGGCAAUWAAUCGCGCUACAGGAAGCCCAUGUAAACGAUCUAUGAUCGUCUAGUUAUAUAUUAAUUUAUCACCUCGAUCAAUAGUUCACUUUGAAGGUAGGAGCAAAUACGGAGAGAAGCGUUAGUAUCAUGGCCGGUAACACGGAAUUGCAGUCUGGAUACGACUAUCAGUUUGUUGCACAAGUACCUGAACACUAUAUUUGUAGUAUUUGUCAUCUUGCAAUGCGAAAACCCGUUCAGACAAGAUGUGGACAUCGAUUUUGUAAGGACUGUUUACACAGGAGCUUAGAGAGAAAGCGAGAAUGCCCUUUGGAUAAAAACUAUCUCACUUCUUAUCAAGUAUUUGAGGAUGUAGCAACAGAAAGGGAAAUUCUUUCACUCCACGUAAAUUGCCCCAACCAUGGUUGUAGUUGGCAGGGUGAAGUUAGAGAUGUCAAGGAUCACGAAAGCAAAUGUCCACUGACUGCUGUCCCCUGCAACUACUUCAAAUUUGGAUGCACUUUUAAGGGACCACGAAAAUCUUUAAGCGAGCAUUAUAAGAACAACCUAGCAGAGCAUCUUGAMAUUAUGACACAACACUUCUUGCCUCUUGAAGAGGACAAUAAAAGUCUUAAGAGAAUGUACUUGGCACUGAAGGAUGAGAACAAGAGGCGAGUGGAGGAGCUGCAAGCAAAGGUCUUGAUGCUGCAAGAUGAGAAUAAGAAACAAGAACUCAAGGAAUGCAACACGGUAAUAAUGACCAAAGAUGAUCAGUCAAGAUAUAGUUACAUAUGGAAAAUCAACGAUUUCAGCAGACAGCUACAGCUUGCAAAGCAGCAAGACCGUGAUAUCAGACUGUGCAGUGAACCGUUUUACACUCACAAGAAUGGAUACAAACUGAAACUACAGUUAUAUCCUAAUGGAUUUGGUGCAGGUAAGGGUACCCACGUAUCAGUAUUCAUGAUUAUCAUGCGAGGUGAAUACGAUGCAAUAUUGUCUUGGCCAUUUAAUUGGGGAAGGACAUUUACCAUGCUUGACCAGAAACCAGAUCACUGGAUGCGUAAAGACAUCGCAAAAGGUUUUUAUAGAUCUGAUGCAAGUAGAGAUGUUUACCAAAGACCAACGACAGACGAAAACGUCGGAAUUGGGAAAACAAAUUUCGUGUCUCAUGAAAUGCUCAAAACCGAGAGUUAUGUUGUUGAUGGGGUAGUUUUCAUCAAGUUUGAGCUAGACGAUUCUCGACCCAUACAAAACUGAGGUGUUUAAGACACAUUUUUUUGCAGAAAGUCUGCAUAUAGGUAAAGGUCCAACAAUGACGUACAACUAUGUCAGUUCCUACAGAAUUUCAUUUUAUAUAUUCAAGUUCUUUGGAAUUCUAACCGUAAAACUUGUAAUGGAUUAGAUAAUAAAUACUAAAUUUGCGUUCUUUAGAAUAUCCCUUCAGCAGAGUAGAGCAAAGUAAUUUUAACAUUGGGCGAAGAACCUAUGCAACAAUGCGCUUCUUAAAAUGUUUGUAUUACUAAUGUUAUCAUUAGGUAGUAUUCAGGAGGAGCCGACGGGGUCUGUUCUUCUAAAUACCUGUUCUUGUACGAAUU